AUAGCUUUCUCGACCUGAAACGACCGACCAAACCACGACCGAAUUUCGCAGCGAUAUUGCGGAUACGAUUUUAAAACAGAUACAGAUACAUACACCAUGAUUUCUGGUAGAGGUGGAGGUGGUACGGCCAUGCGGGCCGGUCGCAUUCGGCCCCCGCGCCGCCCUGGACGGCUCACAUCUGGCAUCGACACGAGCGAUUUCGAACAGUGCUGGGAUACACUGAAGCAAGCCUUGACCGAUAUCCACAACCAAAACUGCAGCACCCUCUCAUUCGAGCAGCUCUACCGAGCAUCCUACAAGAUAGUGUUGAAGAAAAAGGGCGAGAUGCUGUACGACCGCGUCAAGCAGUUUGAAGAGCAGUACUUCUCUGAACACGUCAUUCCCGACAUCGAGAAGCUGGUCACGGCCAACCUCGUUAGCGCCGCAAUGGGUGGUGCGGCUACCUCGGUCAAUGAGCGACGCAAGAUGGGCGAGCACUUUCUGAGCGGUGUCAGAAAAUCAUGGGAGCAUCACAACACGUCAAUGAACAUGACGGCUGACAUCUUGAUGUACCUCGACCGUGGCUACACUCAAGAUGCUCGUCGGCCGUCCAUCUACACCGCCACGAUUGGCCUGUUCCGUGAUCACAUCCUGCGAGCGUCACUGAACUCAGGGGGUCAGUAUACUGUAUUCGACAUCCUCAACUCGGUUAUCCUUGAUCAUGUCAAUAUGGAGCGAGAUGGCGACACCAUCGAUCGGCAUCUGUUACGCAACAUCAUAAGGAUGCUCGAUUCUCUCUACGAAUCCGACGAGGAGCAAGAGGCAGAGAAGCUGUACCUGACAGUCUUCGAGCCUGCUUACCUUGAAUCCGAGCGAGAGUACUACAAGCGCGAGUGUGAACGCUUGCUUCGGGAGGCUGACGCCGGCGCCUGGCUGCGACACACUCAACGCCGACUACAAGAGGAAAACGACCGAUGCGAUACUACUAUCCAUUAUGAGACGAGAGAGAGAUCCAUCAAGGUCGUUGAGGAGGAGUUGAUUUCAGCGCAUCUGGAUGACUUUUUGAACCUCGAGGGAAGUGGGCUCAAGUCUAUGGUCAACUACGACCGUGAGGAAGAGCUAUCCAUUCUCUACCAGCUGGUAUCGAGAGUUGACCCCAAGAAGACAUCUUUGAAAAAGAUUUUGUCUACGCGGGUGGUCGAACUCGGCCUUGAAAUUGAGCAGAUGCUCAAGGAGACGAAUUUCUCUGCAGCAGCUGCGCCGGCCGAUGGAGAAGAUAAUGAAGGCGGAGAGAAGGCCAAGGCACUCAGCUCUUCGGCUCAGCAGACAGCCGCGGCGAUCAAGUGGGUUGACGACGUGCUUAAGCUCAAGGACAAGUUCGACAAUUUGUGGAAAAAGUGCUUCCAAGAGGAUUUGAUCAUUCAAACCUCACUUACAAAGAGCUUUUCCGAUUUCAUCAACAUGUUCACCAAGAGCUCCGAGUACGUAUCGCUUUUCAUUGACGACAAUCUUCGACGCGGCAUUCGUGGCAAGACUGAGACGGAAACUGAGGCGGUGCUGGAGAAGGCCAUUACUGUCAUCCGGUAUCUCUCAGACAAGGAUCUGUUCGAGCGUUACUACCAGAAGCACCUGGCCAAGCGUCUACUCAACAACAAGUCAGAAAGUCAUGAUGUUGAGAAGUCGAUGAUUUCUCGAAUGAAGCAGGAGCUAGGCAACCAGUUUACAGCCAAGUUCGAGGGCAUGUUCAGAGACAUGGAGUCGUCUGCCGAGCUGACUUCAGGCUAUCGCGACCAUAUUAGGGGACUGGGCGAUGUGUCUCGGAAGCAGAUCGAGCUGGGUGUCAACAUCCUGACUACCAACUCAUGGCCCCCCGAGAUCAUGGGUCGCACAUCACAAUUUUCUGAAGGCGGUGGCUGCAUCUUCCCUGAAGAGAUCAAGCGUCUCCAGGAAAGCUUACUUAAAUACUACCUCACCAACCGCAGCGGCCGCAAGUUGACUUGGCUUGGGUCGACUGGUAGCGCCGAUGUUCGUUGUACCUUCCCCGCGGUCCCAGGAGGCAAAGGCCCCCUUGCCCGCGAGCGCAAGUACGAGAUCAAUGUGCCGACGUACGGCAUGGUCGUCCUUUUGCUGUUCAACGAGCUCGAGGAGGGCGAUGAGCUUUCGCUUGAGGAGAUUCAAGCCAAGACCAAUAUCCCGAUGCAAGAUCUUGCGAGAACUCUGACUUCUUUGUCCAUCGUCCCCAAGGCCAGAGUGCUCGCCAAGGAACCCGCUAGCAAGGGCAUCAAGCCUGGCGAUAAGUUCAAAUUCAACGCCUCUUUUGUUAGCAAGACCGUCCGCAUCAAGGCGCCCAUCAUCAACGCUACCAGCAAGGUCGAGGGCGACGAUGAACGAAAGGCAACUGAAGAGAAGAACAACCAGACUCGAGCCCACGUUAUCGAUGCCGCUCUGGUCCGCAUCAUGAAGCAACGCAAGGAGCUUGGUCACUCGCAGCUCAUUACAGAGGUCAUUGACCAACUGAGUGGUCGCUUCAAACCCGAGAUUAGUCUCAUUAAAAAGCGAAUCGAGGACUUGAUCGUGCGAGAGUAUCUCGAACGCGUAGAGGAUGCUUCGACGCCGACGUAUCGCUACCUCGCAUAAGGAGGAGAAGACCCCACCGGUCGCCUUUGGUGCGGCACAAAAACGAUGGACACGAUUCUCAUGAUAUAGGGAUGUUAGAAGGGCAUUUAUGGCUGCAUAAGGGAGGGUUCAAGGGAUUUCUUCAAAACCAGGCAUGGCGUUUUCCAGGUGGAUUGCUUAAGAAAAAUGCACAUCAUUCAUCCGGAUCGCGGACAUAGGGACGGACGGGAGAGAGCUAUCCCCUAGGUGGAUGUUGUGGGUUUCCGGGGAUUUCGGCCUUUGGGUGGUCCAGGUAAACACGGCUUCGUUGAAGCUACUCUUGAUCAAAGGCAAUUGAGUUUCAGAUCACUG